UUUAGAAUAAUUGUUUCGGGAGCCUCCCUUCAAGCGGCUCUGUUGUUUCUCGAGGGGGAAUGAAGGAGCGUCCGGCGCCCCCUGCUCGAGCUGCAGCUGUGGAAGCGCCCAGGCCCGGCUUGGGCGCGCAGUUCGAAGGCGCGGAGCGCGCGCGGGGGCGGGGCCUUUCUCUCUUUCCUUAGCCUCUCCUCUCAGCGCUGGGGCUGUGGGGGCUUUGCUUGCUCGCUUGCCGCUCUCCUUGAGCGUGUGUGGCACCACCGGGGCGGGCCCUGGUACCUGUGAGCCUCGACCCACCUCCUGGGGCGGCACCGGCUUGUCCGGCGGUUCGGCUCGUCCAGCCGGUGCCUUGUGAGACUGCAAGACUAGGAGCAAAGCAGCGAAAGGCAGGACCUCGUCGUCUCGUUUCUCGCUAACGCUUGAAUGCUCUUCCUGUGGCAGUGUAAAAGCAAAUGUUUACGGCCGUAUACGUGUAGUAACAUCGAUUCUGAGAAAUGGACAAUGGCACUUGUCAAGUUUAUGAAGAUGAAAUCCAGUCACUGGAAGAAGAAAUUAAACUAUUAGCUGAAAUGUAUGAAGAUAGCCAACAGGAAUCCACCUUUUUUUCUGAAGAGGAGAUAUUAAUGUCAAUAAAAUCAUUCCAAGGAGAAUUUCAGGGAGAAUCUAAGGGACAUGAAUGUCCAUCAGACCUGAAAGCUCAACUUGAAAGUCUAGAAAGAGAUCUCUCAUUUUUAAUGAAAUUUACUGGUUUUUGGUUCACAAGUCAUUCCAAGAAAACGGUGGAAAAAACUAAAACCAGAACAGUGCGGAAGCACAGGUUAUCAGGGAAUUGCCAUUCCCUGUCUUUUCAGUUGGAGUUCCAGCUUCUUGAAAUGCAGAACAAAGAGAAUGUGUCUGCUGUUAUUACUGAUCUCAGCAUUGUAAUGGAAUCUGGAGAAGAUUUAGAUGUGAGCAAGUUUGUGUCAAGCACGGAAGAACAUGGAGGUCUUUUAACGUUUUUCAGAAGCCUUUUAUCUUAUGCUGAGUGGUAUGAACAUCGUAGAUGCACCUUCCAACACUUCAAGGCCUUUGGGUUCUAUGCUAGAUUGAUCAAUUUCUAUUAUCAAUCAACCAGAUUAAAGAAAAAAGUACUGAUUUCUGAUAAUGUUAAAAACAAAACUAAAACCCAACCAACCCUGUCCUCAGCUACGCAGUAA